UAUAUUCCCCACUGAUCCUUUAGUCUGUUUUCUCUCACCUCGUUCAAGCGCAAUCAAAAGCAAAAGGGUUUUCCUUGCCUCGUUCGGUUUCUCGUCUCUCGUCCUCGCUGUCAUCCAUGGCUGAACGUACCGCCUCUGAUACUCGCCUCCGCAUCUCCGCCAAUCCUCCGUAUGAGAUCUCCAAAGAUUUUCAGGGCCCUGACAAUCCUAUUCCUCUCUCACCUCAGUGGCUUUUGCCAAAGCCCGGUGAGAGUAAACUUGGAACAGGAAGUGUGGAAAACCAUGUGGUUCCAGCUCCACCAUAUGGCAAUCGCUCAGAGACUGUCAAGAUAUCUGGAAAUGGUGAGGAUCUGCAUGAUGCCCAUAAGAGAAAGGAUGUUUUCAGGCCAUCCAUGCUUGAUUCAGAAAGUGUUCGUCGUGACCGUUGGCGUGAUGAAGAGAGAGACACCAAGUUCAUACGAAAGGACCGUUGGAGGGAUGGGGACAAAGACCUUGGUGAUGCUCGGCGUGGGGAUCGGUGGACUGAAAAUAUGCCCACAAGGCACUUUGGAGAAUCACGUCGUGGUCUACCUGAUAGAUGGAAUGAUUCAAGUAACAAAGACACAAACUAUGAUCAACGACGUGAGAGUAAGUGGAACACACGUUGGGGUCCUGAUGACAAGGAGCCAGAAAGUUUGCGUGAAAAAUAUGGUGGUUCUAGGAAAGAUGGUGAAGUUCAUAUGGACAAAGGCUUGUCAAACAUUUCCAAUCAUGGAAAGGAUGAAAAGGAGGGGGAUCAUUAUCGGCCAUGGAAACCUAAUUCCUCACAGAGUCGUGUAAGGGCGGAGCCACCCCACCACCAAAACUUAACACCAAACAAACAAGUCCCUACAUUUUCUUAUGGACGGGGCCGUGGGGAGAAUACGCCUCCUGUCUUCUCUCUUGGACGUGGUCGGGUUGGCCCUGGUGGUAGCCCUAUGAAUAGUAUCUCUUCAUAUUCUCAUUAUCCUGGAACUAAUAUGGAUAAGAUUGAAAGUUUGCCUGGAGAGCCUGGUCUAUUUAUGUACAGCAGGAUGAAGUUACUUGAUGUGUACAAGGUAACUGACAUGCAUGCAACUAGAAAAUUUGCUGAUGAGUUUGUUCAAGUUCCUCAUCUAACACAGGAUGAACCUCUAGAGCCCCUAGCACUUUGUGUGCCAACUCCUGAAGAACAGGAUGCUUUAAAAGGAAUUGACAGAGGGGAAAUAAUUAGUAGCGGUGCACCUCAGGUGCCAAAAGAUGGAUGGAAUACUGCUGAUGCCGCACAGUCAAGACGAAUGAAGCUAGGAGGUGCCCCUCUCCAAGACAAGGGUGAAGAUGUAGUUUCAUUCAAGCUCGCUGAUGAGGUUCCUAGCAAUAGAGAAUUGACCUUUGAAGGAGAUGGUUCUGUUAAUCCUGCUGCUGCAUUGCGAGCUAUGCCAACAAGCGAGCAUCCAAACACUUCUUUGCAUGAUGUGCCUGGUGAUCUUAAGUCAAGAAACUUAGAUAUGACUUGGUCACAUCAACUGAAGGAACCUCAUAGCCAGCGUGAAAGUAAUCUGAGUUAUUUAUCUGACUCCAAAGAUGUACCUAAGUGGCAAACUAAUGAAGAUCCCAUAGUUAAGAGGCAGCUAUCUGGCAUUUUUGACACUGGGUUUGAAACACGGAGAGUUCCUCAGACUCCUCCAGAGGAGUUAUCUCUUUUCUAUAAAGAUCCUCGGGGUCAAAUUCAGGGUCCCUUUAAAGGAAUUGAUAUUAUUGGAUGGUUUGAGGCUGGAUAUUUUGGCAUUGAUUUACCUGUUCGUAUGGAAAAUGCUGCAGCUGACUCGCCUUGGGUGUCACUUGGCGAUGCCAUGCCGCAUCUGCGAGCUAAGGCCCGGCCACCACCAGGGUUUGCUGCGCCAAAACCAAAUGAGUACACAGAUGCAUCUGGGCGUCAAAAUUCCAAUGCCUUUGGGAGUAUUCAUUCUGGCUUAAGUGAGAUUGAAGUGAUGAGAAAUGAUUCUAGGAAUAGACAGAGUUCUGCCACAGAAGCCGAAAAUAGGUUUUUGGAGUCACUGAUGUCUGGAAAUAAGAGCAGCCCCUCAAUUGAUGGUCAGACUUUGUCAGAAGGAGUAGAUACUGGAAACAUGUUAAUGCUGGCCAAGAGGAUGGCACUUGACCGACAGAAGUCAAUACCAAAUACUUACCAGUAUUGGCCUGGGAGAGAUGUAGCAUCUCUAGUGUCAAAAUCAGAUAUUGUCCCAGAUGCACCUGCACCACCACAUUCAAAACUCUUUGCUUCAGCAAGUGACAGUGGUCUUCAGCCUCGGUCCCAGAAUGCUGACUUGAUGUCUAUCAUCCAAGGACUGUCUGACAGGUCAUCCACAGGGUUUAAUAAUGGUGUUGCUGGAUGGUCAAAUUAUUCUGUGCAAGGUGGUUUGGAUUCACUGCAGAAUAAAAUUGACUUGCACCAUGAUCAGAACUUCCCUCAAGGGCCAUUAGGAAUUCAACAACAAAGGGUACAACCUCAAAACCAGUUGCCUUUUAGCAACCUGGCAGCUCAAGCUGUAGAUAACCCCUCUGGUGUUUUGACAACGGAGAAAUUACUUGCGACUGGUUUGUCCCAGGAUCCUCAAAUGUUAAAUAUGUUGCAACAGCAAUAUUUGAUGCAUUUGCAUUCUCAGGCAGCUGUUCCAUUGCAGCAAAUGUCAUUGCUAGACAAAUUCUUCUUACUGAAGCAACAACAGAAACAGGAAGAGCAGCAGCAGUUAUUGAGGCAACAGCAGCAGAAGCAGCAGCAACUGCUUUCUCAGGUGCUGCAGGAGCAUCAGUCUCAACAGCACUACGGGGAUCCUCCUUAUGCACAGUUGCAGGGAGGUGGAAUACCAAUGGGGAAUUUGCGUGUCGAUCCUUCUCAUAUUCAGCUACCACAAGAGAUUUUUCCAAUCAGUUCACAAACACCAAUUCCCACCAUGCAAGAUACUCUGGCCAAGACUUUGAGCUUACCUGGGCAGGAUGCUAGUUAUGGUGUAAGCAGUGAAGCUUCUGCCCCACCUAUAUCUCACCAAAUAUUUGGCAAUAUUGCUCAUCAGAAAAGUUGGGGCCCUAUUCUUCCAGAGCAAAGUAAUGAAUUGCAGCAAAAGGAAUCAUUGCCUGUAUCAACAAUGGUAGAAAGUUCCAUGUUGCAUGAAAAUAGAAUUAAAGAGGAACCUGUGGUAAAAUCUCUCUCUGUUUCUGACACUGCUGCUAGAUCUCUGGAGCAGAUGCCGGGUAACACAUGCAAAGCUGAUGAUAUUUGCAUGACUGCAACUUCUGAGUCUGGUGAGCAUUCCAUACCUGCUGCAGCUGAUGCUGGGAAGCUAUCAGCUGGAACUUGUGCUUUUGAGUCUCCAGCAGCAAGUAAUAUGGAUAGUAGUGUGAAGAUUGAAUCAGAUGGUGCACACGAAGAACUGCCUGCUGGAAGAGACAGGCCCACUGAUGAGCCCGCCCCUGCAGAUGUAAAAAAUGUUGAAGCACGGGAGCCGAAGAAGGCUUUUGAGAAGAAAUCCAAGAAGCAGAAGUCUUCCAAAUCUCAGUCUUCUGAUUUAGUGAAGGGAUUGUCAAAGAGUCCACCUUUGGAGCAGUCAAAGCAAUCAGAAACUGUAAAGCCAAACGCUGACAUAAAGUUGGGAGAAGCCAGCAAGGGAGAGCCAGUUCGUGAAACCAGUAUGCCACCUGCAAGGGAUAAGACCAAUAAAUCUGUGGCAGCUACUGAGGGGGCUGAUCAAGAUGUCAAUGCCAUGUCUGCAACUGUUCCAGGAAGAAUCCCCGAAAUUGUUGUUGAGGGUGUUGUGAAGGCAGCUAGUUCUGUUUCCACACACAGUACGGAAGUAACUGUUGGGCGAGCUUGGAAACCUGCUGUGGGUAUCAAGGCAAAGUCUUUACUAGAAAUUCAACAGGAAGAACAGAGAAAGGCACGAACUGAAACACUUGUUUCUGAAAUUACUACUUCUGUCAAUUCCAUGAGUCUGUCAACUCCCUGGGCUGGGGUUGUGGCCAAUCCAGAUGCAGUAAAGGUAUCCAAUGAAAGUCAAAGAGAACUAGACAAUACUGAAUGUUUAAGUAAGCCUGAUACUUCUCAAAAUGCCAAGGGAAAGAAAAGCCAACUACAUGAUAUAUUGGCAGAAGAAGUUUUAAAGGAAUUUAACGAAAGAGAUACUGACAGUCCAGACAUUUCUUCCUCCCAAAAUACAGUGAUUCAUUCUGAUUCAAUAGAUGAUGACAACUUCAUUGAGGCAAAAGACUCUAAGAGAAACCGGAAGAAGUCAACAAAAUCAAAGGGCUCUGGGGCCAAGGUCUCCAACCUGAUUUCAUCUAGUGAAGUAGCUAUUGGUACAAGUUCCAUAGAAAAAGGUAAAAGCUCUCGCGCUGUGCAGGUGGAGAAAGAAGUAGUGCCUUCAAUUCCUGCAGGACCCUCUCUUGGAGACUUUGUUCCCUGGAAAGGGGAGCCUGUAAGCCCCUCACCAUCUCCAGCAUGGUCUGCUGAUGCUGGUCGGGUUCCUAAACCAACUUCAUUAAGGGACAUUUUAAAGGAGCAGGAGAAAAGGGCUUCUGCACAGCCUAACCAGUUACCUACUCCUCAGAAGUCACAUCCUGCCCAAGCAGCUCGGAGUACUGGUUCAUCAUGGCCAGUAUCAGCAUCCUCUCCAUCUAAAGCUUUUUCUCCAAUUCAGACAAGCUCACAUUCUGCUUCUCAGUCGAAAUAUAAAGUGGAUGAUGACUUGUUCUGGGGUCCCAUAGAGCAAUCUAAGCAAGAAACUAAACAGUCGGAUUUCCCUCAGCUUGCAAGUGAGGGAAGCUUGGGCUCUAGAAAGACUCCCAUUAAAGGGAACUCGCCUGGGACAUUAAAUCGACAGAAAUCAGUUAGUGGUAAACCAGCUGAGAGGUCUCUGUCUUCAUCCCCUGCAUCAUCUGUGUCGUUGCUGAAAUUGAAAAAGGAUGCCAUGACUAAGCAUUCUGAGGCCAUGGACUUCAGAGAUUGGUGUGAGAACGAGUGUAUUAGGCUUAUUGGGACAAAAGAUACAAGUUUCCUUGAAUUUUGCCUGAAGCAAUCCAGAUCAGAAGCUGAGAUGCUUUUAAUCGAAAAUCUGGGAUCAUACGACCCUGAUCACGAAUUCAUUGAUAAAUUCCUAAAUUACAAGGAGUUGCUGUCAUCAGAUGUACUUGAAAUAGCUUUUCAAAGCCGGAGUGAUCACAAAGUUCAUGGACGUAGUGUUGGAGACAUGAAUCCUGGAAAUGCAGAUAUGAAGGACCUUGACACCUUAGGCCCUGACGGAUCUUCAAAGGGCGGAGGAAAGAAGAAGGCUAAGAAAGGGAAGAAGGUCAGCCCUUCAGUCUUAGGCUUUAAUGUCGUAAGUAACAGGAUCAUGAUGGGCGAGAUUCAGACAGUAGAAGAUUAAUUUAAUUAGAGCUUCUUGCGGGAGAUAUAGAGACCUUUUGGCUGUGCUUGGUAAUUUGUAAAUGAUUUUGACGGUUUAGGUGUUUUUUUGCCCCCAACACCAGCAGCAGCAGCAGCACUAGGUGGUGGUUCUGCUCAAGCAUUUUUGUCGACUAACUGUAGAAUUUAUUUUGACGUUUGAUGACGCUGAGCGAGCUAUAAUCUAACGUCUGGCUUACUGACUCGACUUGUUAGUUUACUUUUUUCAUUCUAUUGCUAGGAAGUAGUUAGUGGAACAAAAUUUGUAUAGGUGGAAAAGUUUUAAUGCCUGGAUGCACAAUAUUAAGGUAUAUCAUUUGCGUUGGAUGCGGCUAGAAGUCUUUUAA